UUUUAGGUGUGGAGCAAUUAUAACUGUUCCAUUAUUACUGGAAUAACGUGAUGGUAUCAUGGCAUGGCAAAAUAUUUUCUGGUGCUAAUUUACGACGUUUGCUAAUUAUUGGUGGUAGUGGUGUAGCAGUUACUGCAGCAUUUUCAUUAUUACGAUUUGAUUUAAAUGGUUCAGCUCGUUUUCGUACAGUUUUGGCGGAUAAUGGAGACAUUCACACCCAACUUAACAAACGACUCUCUGGACAAUUGCCCACGCGGAAGGAUUUAAUUAAAUCACUCAAAAACGACAAAUUUGAUAUCCUUAUAAUUGGUGGUGGUGCAACCGGUGCUGGUGUUGCUUUGGAUGCACAAACUCGAGGUCUCAGAACAGCCUUAGUUGAACUGGAUGAUUUCUCGAGUGGUACAAGCUCACGAAGUACAAAAUUAAUACAUGGUGGUAUACGUUAUCUUCAAGCAGCAAUAUUUGGUUUAGAUAUUGAACAGUAUCGGAUGGUUAAGGAAGCUUUAUUCGAACGUGCUAAUCUCAUUCAUUGUGCACCUCAUCUAUCAUAUCCAUUACCGAUUAUGUUACCUAUUUACAAAUUAUGGCAAGUACCAUAUUAUUGGUUUGGUGUAAAAGCAUAUGAUAUUGUUUCCGGUCGACGGGUAUUGAAAAAGUCUUACUAUAUAAAUAAGACGCAAGCACUGGAGCUUUUUCCGAUGUUGAAAAAGGAAUCAUUAGUUGGUGCUUUGAUGUAUUAUGAUGGUCAGCAUAAUGAUUCUCGAAUGAAUAUUGCAAUAAUUUUAUCCGCAAUACGUCAUGGCGCAAAAGCCGUAAAUCAUGUCAAAGUUAGCAAACUGCUAAAAAAUGCAGAAGGUAUGGUAUGCGGUGCUCAUGUUGUUGAUACUUUAACUGGUGAAGAAUGGGAUGUAGAAGCUAAGGCUGUGGUGAAUGCUACUGGUCCCUUCACUGAUUCAGUUCGUUUAAUGGCUGAUCCGGAUACUGCACCGAUAUGUCAGCCAUCAGCUGGUGUCCAUAUUGUACUUCCUGGAUAUUAUAGUCCAUCUUCGACAGGACUACUUGAUCCUUCUACGAGUGAUGGUCGUGUGAUAUUCUUCCUUCCAUGGCAGCGUAUGACUGUAGCGGGAACAACGGAUGCACCAGUACCACUUACUUUUCAUCCAUCUCCAAGUGAUGUUGACAUUGAAUUCAUUCUCCGAGAAAUAAGGAAUUAUCUUUCAAGUGAUGUUAGCGUUCGCAGAGGUGACGUAAUGAGUGCAUGGUCAGGUCUAAGGCCACUAGUGAGAGAUCCUAAUAAAAAAGAUACAAAAUCAUUGGCACGCAACCAUGUCAUCGAAGUUUCAAAAAGUGGAUUGGUGACAAUUGCAGGCGGAAAAUGGACAACAUAUAGACAUAUGGCUGAAGAAACAGUCAACAAAGUGGUUGAAGUUGCAAAUUUACAACCAGCGCGAAAAUGUAUCACAGCCGGAUUACUACUUGAGGGAGCACAUAACUGGGAUCCACUAUUACAUAUCCGUCUGGUGCAGGAUUAUGGUCUCGACGAGGACGUUGCACGACAUUUGGCUUCAACAUACGGUGAUAAAGCAUUCGCAGUUGCCAGAAUGUCAAGAAUUACAGGAAAACGAUGGCCGAUUAUUGGGCAUCGAUUGCAUUCAGAAUUUCCUUAUAUUGAAGCUGAGGUGAAAUAUGCGGUGAAAGAAUAUGCUUGCACUGCUGUUGAUGUAAUUGCACGACGUUUACGUUUAGCAUUUCUAAAUACAUAUGCAGCGUAUGAAGUGCUUGAUAAGGUUGUCGAUAUUAUGGGUGAAGAACUGAACUGGUCAGCAGCAGAGAAAAAGAACCAAUUGAAUAUGGCUCGGGAAUUUAUUGAGGUAGAAAUGGGCCAGAAUGCUCGCGAUCAUUCACUUUCUUCGGUACCAGUGAACUUAACAGCAGAAGAAAUGCAGGCAGCUCGCGAACGUUUCCGAACGUUAGAUAAGGAAAACAAAGGACACAUAACAUUGAAUGAUCUUAGACGUCAUUUCCAGAAGCACGAUAGUAAAAUAGAUGAAAGUUUGCUUCAUGAGCUGCUCAAUGAAGUAGAUUUGAAUAAAAAUGGAGAAAUUGAUCUCAAUGAAUUUUUCCAAUUAUAUAGUGGACUGAAAGGCGGACAAAUAGCACAAAGCCGACUAGCACGAUAUUUGGAUGAAUUCGAGCCAUUGCCAGUGUCAGUCUUACGCUCAGGGGGCGGAAUUUAAGAUUAAUGUUUUUUCUUUCCAAAAUUCAGC